AUGACAGAGCGAGAGGACAAACGACAGAGCGAGAGGACAAAUGACAGAGCAAGAGGACAAAUGACAGAGCGAGAGGACAAACAACAGAGCAAGAGGACAAAUGACAGAAGCGAGAGGACAAACGACAGAGCAAGAGGAGAAACGACAGAGCAAGAGGACAAACGCGGAUCAAGAGGACAAACAACAGAGCAAGAGGACAAACGACAGAGCAAGAGGACAAACGACAGAGCAAGAGGACAAACGACAGAGCAAAAGGACAAACGACAGAGCAAGAGGACAAACGACAGAGCAAGAGGACAAACGACAGAGCAAGAGGACAAACGACAGAGCAAGAGGACAAACGACAGAGCAAGAGGACAAACGACAGAGCAAGAGGACAAACGACAGAGCAAGAGGACAAACGACAGAGCAAGAGGACAAACGACAGAGCAAGAGGACAAACGACAGAGCAAGAGGACAAACGACAGAGCAAGAGGACAAACGACAGAGCAAGAGGACAAACGACAGAGCAAAAGGACAAACAUCAGAGCAAGAGGACAAUCGACAGAGCAAGAGGUCAAAAGGACAGAGCAAGUGGACAAACAACAGAGCAAGAGGACAAACAACAGAGCAAGAGGAAAAAUGACAGAAACAAGGGGACAAACAACAGAGCGAGAGGACAAACGACAGAGCAAGAGGACAAACGACAGAGCAAGAGGACAAACGACAGAGCGAGAGAACAAACUACAGAGCAAGAGGACAAACGACAGAGCAAGAGGACAAACGACAGAGCGAGAGAACAAACUACAGAGCAAGAGGACAAACGACAGAGCAAAAGGACAAACAACAGAACAAGAGGACAAACAACAGAGCGAGAGGAUAAACGACAGAGCGAGAGAACAAACUAUAGAGCAAGAGGACAAACGACAGAGCAAGAGGACAAACGACAGAGCAAGAGGACAAAUGACAGAGCAAGAGGACAAACGACAGAGCUAG